AUGUCUUCAUCCGAUGACUCUUCAGUUGACGAACCAGUUCCGGUGACUAAAAAAGGGAAGGCUAAUGGAAAGAAGGCUGCGGCGCCCGCCAAGGCGGCACCGGCUAAGAAGGCUGCUCCAGCGAAAGGCAAGAAGGCUGCUCAAAAGGAUUCUGACAGUGAUUCGAGCGCAGAUGACCAGCCGCCACCGGCAAAGAAUAGCAACAAGAGGAAGGCUGAAACGGACGAAUCUGAGGAUGAUGCUUCUAGUGGUGAUGAUGAGGAAUAUCAGCCUGCAAAGAAGAAGGAGACUAAACAACCUCCGCAGAAGAAAGGAAAGGCGGCGGCUAAAAAGUCGGAUUCUGAUGAGGAUGUUUCUGAGGAUGAGGAGGAGGAGAAGGAAUCUGUUAAGGCUAAAAAUGGGAAGAAGGAGAAGGGAGGGGGAAAGGCUGCUGCGGCAACCAAUGUUGAAGUCAAUGCCGAGGGAAAUGAGAUGUUCCCAAUUGGUAUGAAACGCUUUGCUGCCAUCAACACUUUCAAAGGCCAGCUUCAUGUGGACAUUCGUGAGUACUACCAGAAGGAUGGAGGAAAAUGGCUUCCUGGCAAGAAGGGAAUCAGUCUUACGCAGGCGCAGUUUUUUGAGUUUGAGAAGGUUUUUUUUUAGUUUUUUUUUUGAGUCUUGUUGGUGCCCCCAUUUUCAUAUGAGCCAUAAAUUGAUUUUUGACCCCAAAAAUAAGCGUGGUCCUUCUAUGAUUUGACUGUUU